AUGGGGUUUGCCAGUAUCUGUGCUGGGCAGUGUCACAGGGAGUGGGUAAAGGAGGAGCAAGUGCCAGUGGGCAUCUGGCCAGAGUUUUCAUGGAUAUUGGCAUACGUUUCUAUGAGAAGCUGCCACAGAGUCCUGCAGGACAAGUAUGGGGAGUUUUCUCCUCCAGCAUAUCACAGCGAUGCCCCAAUAAGCUUCUGGUGCAACUGGACUAUCCAGGCGGGCUCCAGAAAGCACAUAAUCAUUUAUAUUCAGGGAUUUAUGACUAAGGAGGAUUGCAACAAAAAUGAGGACAAAAUCUUGUUUGAAGGAGUUUCCUCACUGGUAGAGGACAGUGUGGUUUAUGCUUGCUGGAAAAAGGAGAUGCAUGUUUUUGCCACCUUUGCUGAGGCCGUCCAUGUUGUGUUACUGAAGACAUACCUGCCCAACUGCAGAGACACGCAAUUUAAAGGCAAGUAUUACAUCUUUCACGAUGAGGAAGGUGAAUCAUCCUCGAGAGAGGAUCUGAUUUCUGAAACUCCUUCAAAAGUACCGAAGCGAGAUCAUAUUCUUCAGUCUGGGGUGAUGGAAGACCUUAGAGAUGUGCUGAGCUUUGCAACCACUGCGAGCCUUGGGAGUCUUGAUAAGCCCACGGCAGUUAGCACUUUGAUCCCAGUGUCGCACCAAGGGCUGAGGACAGAGCUGCUGGAAACAAAUGCUCCUUAUGUGCUGGGCUGCCUGUGGCCGGCAGCUCCAGCGCUCUGUGGGCAGGACCCAGGCAGAGGAAGCUCUUGGAGUGCAAGCCCCACUGCAACCCUGGAUACCUGGAGGCCCAGUCUCUCCAUGAGUGGAGACAUUGCUGUGGAUUUUGGUUAUAUACAUGGAUUUUCAAGCGUGCUUUCUGAAACACCGUUGCUUGGUGCUUUGGAGGGAGAGGAGCCUUUCCUGGGGCCUGCUGGUGUGGGCUUGGAGAGCAGGCAGGUGUCCCUGAACCCUUCUCUGCAGCCCAAAGAUCUGGGAGACCCACAGUUUAACAUCAAACCAACGCACAUGAGUGACCUGGACUUGGCUGCACCUUCACAGGCUUUGUCUCCCAGCAGAGAAGAGGGCAUUGAUCCUGCCGUGUACCAGGGGCUCAGCACAGUUGGGUUGGAGAAGACCAAAAGGUGUCCCCUGUUGAGCAGUGUGGCUGAUGGAGCAGCGAGCAGUCUUGCCGAGAGCCUGAUGCCUAGCUUGACUAGCCAAAACGAUCUGGUAAAUGGGGGUCACUCACCACUGCUACCUGGGAGAAGCUUUUUUGAGGCUUUGUCCGUGACUGAACCUGAGCUGAGAACAAGUGUCCUCCAGCAUAUGACGUUUGUGGGUUUUCCUGCUCCGGGAAGUUUCAGGGGAGUUACUGAUGAGGUGAAGAAGGUGCUACAUCCUACAGCAUCGUGGGACAUCCUCAGAGGCCAACCUCAGCUGAGCACCCAGAGCAGCCAUGUCCUCCAGUUAGUCCCUACUGACCCCAGGAGGGUUGGCCCAUGCAGUGAUCAUGUGCCCUGUGCGCCCUCUUUGGGUGUGAAAAACUGUGGCUCUCUGAGCAGCACUGUGACACAGCUGCCGUUGGCCAUUCCCCUUCUGCCAGCAGCAUGGGGAUGUGCUCCCUCCACGUCAGAGCCAGUAUUUUCCACCCUGGGGAUGGAAAUGACUCCGAUGCUGGUGUGUCCCAGCCUAGACCCUGCCUCAACAGAGCUCGGCUCCCCUGAUUUCACCCUGGCAGCAUCUUUGCCUGCAGAACAGACUGCGGAGCUGGGGAUGUCAGAGCCUUUUGCUGUUUUCACUGCAAAUGCUGAGGCCUUCACAGCACUGCCAACCUGGGAGCUGGGGGGACUUGUCGAGGGGAUGGAGCCCCCUGUGCCAGCAGCCUUUCCCCUGGAAGGCUUGGACAAGGCUUGGACCUCCAUCUCCCCAAGCCCUCGACAGGGAAGUGACCUUAUGGGUCCCUUUGUGGCCUCCUCCAGCUGCCUCGGCCCCGGUGUGAGAAAGCUCGUGCUGGAUGGGGAUGGAGAGGAGGGCAGCUGGAGAGGUGAAGUGUUGGCUCCUGCAGGCUGGGCAGACAAGGGACCCAUCCCUGCUGCCAGUGCUGCUUGGCAGCAGGUCCUCGACCCACAGCUUGGCAUGGGGCUUCCUCAGCCAGAGGACCUGGUGGCGGCAUCUCUCCCAUCAGCACCUGUGUCUCUGCCCUCUGAUGACCCCGUAUCCCAAAACAUACGGAUACCAGCAGGAGGAGAACGUCACAAACAUGCUGAGCUGGGAUCGCCCUGGACAAUGGAGUACUUCCCUGUUAGGAGCUGCCACAUCAUCUUGCAGGGUGAAUUUGGCUUGUUCUACCUGCCGCUGCACAGUGACAUUAAAACCAAUGUUUGGUGCAACUGGACCAUCUGGGCCGGCCCCCAGAAACACAUCCUGAUCUAUGUCCAGGGGUUUCAGGCGAGUGAAGGCUGUGAUAAGAACCAGGAUAAGAUAAUUUUCCAAGGGGUCUUGUCCGAUGUGGAAACAAAAGUAGUGUAUGCCUGCCACAACCGAGGUACUCUGAUCUUUGCUACACAAGCUACUGCGGUCCAUGUGUUACUUCUAUCAGGGGGUAGUUCCAAAUACAAACAUUUUAAAGGACGGUAUUAUGUAUUCAGAGACUAUACAACUGUGGGCUCUUCAAAUGAUGCAAUAGCUCCUGUCUGGGAAAUCUCCAAGACAGAUAUCUCCAGCAAGGUCAGACACCCUCAUGCUCCCAAAGAUGCUAAUGGAGGUGAGCUCAGUCUGCUGGAAGAUGAAACGGAGCUGGAAAGAAGCCUUAGAGAUGGCAGUGCUGAGGGGAGAGGAGAGAGUGAAGAUGUGUUGGUGGAGCCACCUGCAGCCAGGGGAGACACUGGGGGAAAUACCAAGCUGCCAGCCUUGGAGAUCACAGAGCGAGGUGUACAGCCUGAGCCUGCUCUGGUCCCCACAGCCCCCUGUAGCACCACGGAUGUCCCUUUGGAAGCACCCAGCAGCUCUGCAGGGCCCUCAGCUGCUGAAAUCCUGCCUAACCUCGCUCAGAUGCGCAGCAGCCUGUUGGCGGGAGUGGCUGCUGCCACUGGGCGUUUGCAUGCACAGACGGUGGUGAUGGAAGGGCCACCACUUAACGCGAGUGUGAAACCUUCUCCUCUCUACCCAUCUCCUGGUAUGACUGCUGAAGAUACGGUGAUGCCAGGAGAAAGGCACGAAGAUCUCUUCGAUCUGGCUUCUGUUUUGGCAUCCCUUGAGAAUGAUACUGUGCUACGAUCCCAGCACCAUCCUGGAGAUGUGCUGUUUGAAGUAACCAUUGAAACCAAACACGUGGACUGGGUCCCUCGUGGUGGAAGUGAGCUCAGAAAGGACCUUCUUGAAUCCAUGAAGAGUCAUAUCCGGGAGAACCUGAAACUCUCCACCAACAGAGUGAAUGAAAUAAAAUUAAAGGAAAUCAGAAGGGUGGGCAGAGACAACCUACUGCUCACCUUCUGGCUCCACCUGAAGCCCGAGGAGAGGAACCUGUCUCUGGCCCUGCAGUCGCAGCUGCAGGAGCUGCUUGGCACAUCUGUGGGAGCAGAGAGGCCGCGGCUGGUUUCGCUCUUUGUUGAAGAUGUGAACGAGUGCAACCUCGGCCUCUGCGGCGAGGAGGCCGACUGCUUCAACGGUGUGGGCACCUACCUGUGUCGCUGCAAGAAGGACUACGAAGAUCACUCCCCUACAAAAUCUGGCACGCUGUGCAUCCCCGCGCCCCGGUCAGGCAUCAGCUUUUUCUUCCGCCAUCCCGAGGUGCUGGUGGGGGCUGCUGUCUCCUCAGUGCUGGUGCUGCUGGUGGCCGUGGGCAUCCUGUGCGGGGUGGCAAGGCAACGGCGCCCCACCGGGGAUCCCUGCCCCGAGGAGCCGGGUGCCCAGUCCGAGGAGUCGUCACCAGUGGCAGUGGUGAUGGAGCUGAACCACCUGGAUGACUGCCUCCGCCUUGAGCCCUUCCAGCUCAAGGUCCGCGCGCGGCCCCCGGACUGGAUCUCCCAAGCCCGUGCCAGCCCUGGCCAGGCCUAUGGGGUCUUCAUCGAGCAGGAUGAGAGCCUGUGA